CGACAUCAAUGGUCCCCUAUUGAUUUAAAUUGGUACAGGAAUCAAAUUCAAUUGUCAGAAAUUGAAACUGAAGAGCCAAACGAAGGGUGUAUCUAAGCGUAUUAUUAAUUUAAACAAGCGUCGAUGGCAAUCAAAUGGAAACGUUUAGAAGGAUUCUAACGGAUAUGGAAUCAUUCCGGCGUUAUUCGAUUCAAGGAAAAAUAGAUAAAAAGCUUUCUAAUCAAAUUGUUCUUUAGGAUUUAACGAAAGAGAUAAGCGUAUGAUACGGAGAUAUAUAUAUUUCUGGUUCAGGUCUGAUAAAACAUUCUACUUGGUACGAUCAAAAAUAAACAUUCAACUGAAGAGUCUACAAUUAGAUACCAGUUACUUAAUAAGGGUUUAAAAUGAAAAUUGCUAUAAUCGGUGCUGGACCAUCUGGACUAGUCUCCACGAAGUACUCUUUGGAUGAAGGGCAUGAAAUUGACGUCUAUGAGCAGUCGGGUUAUAUUGGUGGUACUUGGAUGUACACUGACCGUAUUGGGGUGGACGAAUAUGGAUUUCCGGUACAUUCUUCCAUGUACAAAGGGCUAAUGACCAAUGUCCCCAAAGAAAUAAUGACCUUCUUGGAUUUUCCCUACCCGAAACAACAAACGAAAUCGUACAUCUCCCAGCAAGAAGUUAUAAAGUACUUCAACCAGUACGCCGAUACAUUCCAUUUAAAGGAACACAUUAAGUUCUAUAAACGUGUCACUAAGAUAGCAGCAGAAGGCGCUAACGGCUGGGGCAUUACGGCUCAAGAUGCGAAAACAAAGUUGACCGAAACGCAGGCCUACGACGCCGUCUUCAUCUGUACAGGCCACUACAGCGUUCCCUACGUACCGAAAUUGCCAGGACACGACCAAUUCACCGGAGAGCAAGUUCAUAGUCACAAUUUCAGGACUUGCGAGUCUUUCAAAGGAAAAAACGUGUUGGUUAUCGGUGGCAGUUCCUCGGGGGUUGAUAUCGCCGGGUUAAUUUCGAAAGUGGCCAAUAAGGUUGUUCUUUGUUAUCGCUCAAGGCUGAAGAGUAGCGACUUAGACAACGUCGAAAAGAAGCAAGAACUUUCGAAUAUUACGCCAAGCGGAGUCGUCUUCCGAGAUGGAACCGAAGAUACCUUUGAUACCAUCCUGUAUUGCACAGGCUAUAAAUAUUCCUUUCCAUUUUUAACGGAAGGGUGCGACAUAAGAAUUGAAAAUAACUGGGUGAAGCCUUUAUACAAGCACAUCGUGAACAUCAACCACCCGACCAUGUGCUUUAUUGGAAUACCGUAUUAUCUAUGCGAGAUACCCGCACUAGACAUAGAGGUACGUUUUGCCUUAGCAGCCGUAGGGGGUAAGUUUUCUCUGCCUCCCAAGGAGGAAAUGCUACGUGAGUUGGAGGAACAGAACGUUGAACGCUUAACGAACGGUUUGCACGAAAGAUACGCGCACCGCAUUAAGGGGGUCCAAAGUCAAGAAAAGUAUUUUAAGGAGCUUUCCUCGGUAGCGAAUAUCCGCCCGAUGCCUAUUGUGUUAAACAAAAUUCUGGAUUGGGUGGAUAACAAUAAGAGAGAUUUGACUAAUUGUAUUAAGAUCAUUGAUAGCGAAAACUUUGUGCAGUUUAAAUGUUAACUUUUUAAAAUUAUUGUAUAUUUAUUAUAUUCGGGUUAGGUAUUAAAUAAAUUAUUGACUGAAAAUAA